GGAACAAGGAAAUUGAAAACAUUUAGCAGCGGUUUCAGAAGUCCCACCUCUGCAGGUGGAUGUGACCGGCUUUAAACUGGAAAGAGCCUCCAGUGUAUCAAGGAAUUUCGUUGCAACGGACAACAACAUGGGACUGCUGUCGGACCCCAACAGGAGAAGGGCUUUGAUCAGCCUGCUAACCCGCCUCAAUGCCCCAAUCUGUGUGGUCUGCUACAUGGCGGCUGUGGCCUGGUUCAUGGGCUUAGCAUUUGAGCCAUUCACUCUGCGGACAUACAUGUCAGAGAACGCCAUGGGGUCUACCAUGGUGGAGGAGCGCUUUCCAGCGGGGGAGAAGGCGCUGGCCACAGGCAGAGAGUUUGCAGCACAUAAGAAGAAAGCAGGUGGGAUGCCAGUGGACUGGCUGGUGAAGACCAUGCAGUCUCGCGGGCUGGAGGUGUUCACUCAGAGGUUCUCACGCACGCUGCCCUUUCCCGAUGAAAACAAAGAGAGAUAUAUGGUAAAAGGCACAAAUGUUUACGGGAUCCUUCGGGCCCCGAGAGCUUCCCGUACUGAAGCCCUGGUGCUGAGUGCCCCCUGCACCCCCGGUGAUAACAACAACCAGGCAGUGGGGCUGCUGCUUGGCCUGGCACAGUACUUCAGGAGUCAGGUGUUCUGGGCCAAGGACAUCAUCUUCCUGGUGAAUGAGCAUGAUCUGAUUGGUAUGCAGGCCUGGCUGGAGGGCUACCAUCACACCAACACUACAGGAAUGGACUGGUCUCCCCUUCAAGGCCGCGGUGGUUCGAUCCAGGCCGCUCUGUCUCUAGAGCUCAGCAGUGAUGUCAUCACCAGUUUGGACCUGGUACUGGAAGGCCUCAAUGGGCAGCUCCCCAACCUGGAUUUAGCCAACCUCUUCUACGCCUUCUGUCAGAAGAUUGGAGUCCUUUGCACCACCCAGGGCAAGCUGCAGAGGAAUGACUGGGACAGUGUGUCGGGGUACAGCCAUGCGGUUCAGACCAUGAUGCUCAUGGUGCUGAAGCAGGCCAGCGGGCGAUCCUGGGGGGAUCACGGUCUUUUCCUGCGGUACCACAUUGAGGCUGCCACCAUCAAGGGCAUCAACAGUUUCCGUCAGUACAAGACUGACAUCACCACAAUUGGCAGGCUCAUGGAAGGAAUGUAUCGUAAACUGAAUAACUUACUGGAGCGCCUACACCAGUCCUACUUCUUCUACCUCAUGCCGUCCCUCUCUCACUUCGUCUCCAUUGGUUACUACAUGCCGGCCUUCGGCCUCCUCGCCAUCAUCCUGCUGCUUCGUGCUUUAGAUUUGUGGGUUCAACUUACAGCUCCACCGCCGAGAACAGAAGACGGAGUCGUUGACCCUGAGCAGAUGUCCAGUCCAGGAGUGCUAUCGGUGCUGACUCCUCUGGUGAUCAGCCAUCUGACCGGAGUGGCUCUGUACACGCUGCCCAUCCGCUUCCAGGAGAUGGCUGUGGAGCACUUCCCAGUGUCUGAGACCGAGGCUGUGGUCCUGACGGCUAUAGCUGUGUACACGGCAGGCCUGGCUCUGCCUCAUAACACUAACAGGCUCCUGUCGGGGGGGGGCACGGAGCAGGGCUGGAAGGUGCUGAAGCUGGUGGCCGUGCUGUACCUGGCCGUGCUGCUGGGCUGCACCGCCCUCAUCAACUUCUCCCUGGGCUUCAUCCUGGCUAUCACCCUGGUGCCCGUGGCCGCCUUCGUCACACCCCACGUCCCAAAGUUCCUAUCAGCCUUCAUCAUGAUCGUCCUCAGCCCGGCCUGCACCCUCCUCUUCUCUGUGUUCUUCUUCCAGGAGCUGCAGGAAAUGCCCAUCAGCUUCCUGGACGGCUGGAUGCUGUACCUGUCAGUCAUCUCUCAGGGCAUCCUGGACCACUGCCUGUACGGCUCUCUGGUUUACCCGCUCAUAGCCUUGCUGGUCUAUCCCUGCUGGCUGAUUUUCUGGAACAUCCUCUUCUGGAAGUAAAUGCUAAGUCACACAGGACUACUGAGAGCUUUUAUUGUGAUGAUAUAAAACCCUCUGAGGUGUUCUCAGGUUUGUCUUCACCGGUGGAAAUGUGAAUGACAGUUUAACCCACUGGAGAGAUUGGAAAAGAAGAGGAUGUGGCUUUGGUAGAAUACAGUGACUGCCUUUGUCUGGACAUUUUGUCUGUGUUUCACUCUUCAAACAGUGGAGAAAAUUAUUUAUAAACUAAGCAGAACGGACUGUUUUGUACUAAACAUCUUACAUAAUUGAUUGGAAGAAGGGAUGGUCUUUUCACAAGUAACAUGUCAUGGUUUUCUGUUAAACACUUUUUGGGAUGUCUUUGUUUGGGAUACAUAAUGAGUCCAUUUUCUUUUCUUAAGCUCUUUAUCAGGCAGGAUUGUAAUGCAUGAAAGAAAACAGUAACAGGAAACAGCUGUUGGAAUGGAAGAAACAAUUUGUUGGACAUCUGCAUCCUUUAAGAUGUCUGUAUACACUACAUCUUGUAUUUUUAUAUUUGUUUUGAUAACUUUAAGUGAAACAUGUUUUUCUGCUAUUUAUAAAUGCCAAAAUAAAGACUGACUUUGUUUUAAGCAUAA